AUGGCUCUUGUUCCUUAUGAAGAUAAUCCGCUCCCUGCACUCUCCAAACUCCACAGUUCUUCAGCAGAAUUCCGCUUCGUCAACCAGGAGCUCCGUUUAGCUCAGGACUGGAAGAAGCUGGGGGUGGCUGCAGUCGUUUGGGAUGCUGCGGUUGUUAUGUGCAUGUAUCUGGAGCUGGGAGCAGUGGAGUUAAAGGGGAAGAAGGCCAUUGAGCUGGGAGCUGGGACUGGACUGGUGGGGAUUGUGGCAGCUCUGCUGGGCGCUCAUGUGACCAUCACAGACCGGGAACCAGCCCUGGAAUUCCUCUCUGCCAACGUCAAUGCCAACCUGCCCCCACGGUCCCGUGACUCGGUGGUUGUCUCCGAUCUGACCUGGGGUCAGGGCCUCGAACGUUUCCCUGGAGGAUUUGAUCUGGUUCUAGGAGCAGACAUCAUUUACCUGGAGGAGACCUUUCCAGCCCUACUGCAGACCCUGGAGCACCUGUGCUCAGACACCACCGUUGUCUUACUGGCCUGCAAGAUCCGCUACGAGCGGGACACAAACUUCCUGAGCAUGCUCCGGCAUCGGUUUGCUGUGGAGGAGGUCCACUAUGACAAAGACAAGGACAUUCAUGUGUACAAGGCCUGCAGACUCCGUGGGAGGACAGAUUUAUGACAACUAAUUUAUGUUCAGCGAGAGAAUAAAAAAAAUUAAAAAAAGACCAGAAACAUGUUCAUCAGCUGCCAAAAAUCUUUUUUAUGUCUAACAUAAACACACUGUUGUACAAGUUGACAUUUAGAAAAUGUGAAUAAAAAGUUAAGAAAAAAAGCAACACAAAAAAAGCAAGACUAUACAUAAGAGUACAAUAUGGCAUUCUGUAUCAUGAAAAUAAAAGCUUUGUUCACUCUU